GAUUAGAAUCGAAAAUUUCAAGAUUGCAUGAUUGACUUCAACCUUCUUCAAGCACUAAAGAUCUGAAUCAGAGAUAUUCGAGAACAAAAUUACAUUGAAAAACGCACGAGUGCAAUUUCUAUGUUUCAAUCAAGUUCAAUGUUUUAUUAGAGAAGUUGUUCCCCAUAAAACAUGAAGAAUUUACUAACCAUUCUGAGCCUUGUUUUCGAACUAGUCAGCAAGAGUAACCAAAAAUUAUUAUGUCCGGAAAGUCUGACCACAGUAAGCGGAACUUCCGCUCCAAAAGGAAGAAUUUGCAGUGGUGACUUAAUCUUCCAAGACAAUUUCGAAACAUUCAACCUUGAUGUGUGGCAACACGAACAAACACUAGGAGGAGGAGGGAAUUGGGAAUUCCAAUGGUAUACCAACAACAGAACAAUCAGCUAUGUGGAUGAAGAGAUUCUGAAAAUAAAGCCAAGAUUGCUAGCAGACGACACUGGAGAAAGUUUUCUUUACUCUGGCACCCUUGACAUUAACGGAGGUUCCCCAUCUGACGAAUGUACGAAUCCUGCUUGGUAUGGUUGCUCGAGAACAGGUAGUCCCCAAACAGUAAUAAAUCCCAUAAAGAGUGCUAGAAUAAGAACUUUGAAUUCUUUCCGUUUCAAGUAUGGAGAACUUGAGGCUAGAAUCAAAAUACCUUCAGGCGAUUGGCUUUGGCCUGCUCUCUGGUUAUUACCACGUAAUAACCAAUAUGGUGGAUGGCCUUCCUCAGGCGAGAUAGACAUCAUGGAGAGCCGUGGUAACAAAGACCUAAUCGACUCAACAGGCAAAAACAUAGGAUCUAAACUAGCCUCAAGUACCCUCCACUGGGGACCUUCCACGUUAAUGAACAAAUAUACGAAGACACACUACGAACAAUCCAGUUAUGAAGGCUUCGAUCAAGAGUGGCACAUUUACCAGAUGGUGUGGACACCAGACAAUAUCACGUUCAAGAUCGACAAUCAAACCAUAGGUACAGCAUCACCGCCAGAGGGUGGUUUCUGGGAAAUGGGAGAUUUCAGCAACACAAACAUGGUGAAUCCCUGGAGAGGAGGAUCAAAGAUGGCACCAUUCGAUCAGGAGUUUUAUAUUGUUUUAAAUUUGGCAGUGGGGGGAACUAGUUUCUUUCCUGAUGGUGCUAAUAAUAGUGGUGGUCAAAAACCGUGGAGUAAUAAGUCGCCUAGAGCAAGUGGAGACUUCUGGGAGGGGAGAAAUCAAUGGUUGCCUACUUGGAAGAUGGGAACCGAUGAUCAGACUCUUAAAAUUGACUAUGUUAAAGUGUGGGCACUUUGAAUAAUAUACUCCUUGAAAUAUUUUCAGACCAGACCAAAUAAACAAAUUACAUAGAAAACCAA